UUUUUAUCACCAAUUUUAUUAUUUUACUCUUAUUUUUAAAUAAAUUAUUCAUUUAUAAGUUAAAAAAAAAAAAAAGGAGGAAGAAAAAAUGGUAAAGAGACCGUUAAACCCAUCUGAUUCUAAAAUCCUCCAAACUGGCUAAGCCAAGUCACAAUUUUUCCAAACGAUAAGAGUGCGAAAGGAAGGGGAUAGCGCGAGCCGGCUCAAUCAGUAAAAUCAGGCAUGUCCAUUCUGGCGAUUCCCUUAGUCAUCUCUGUUCUCAAGCCUCAUGCCUCCCGCUUCACCUUCUUCCGCGCCGCCAAGCCGAUCCCUAGCCACUUCUGCAAGCCGCUCUGCGUCCGCCGCCGGUACUCCUCCGGAACUUCCGUCUCCGCAAUUAGCACCUCCUCUGCUCCACACCAUUCGUCGACGGAACCGAAUUCCGAGCCUCAGAAAAGCUCCAUCCUCACUUUCCAGCAAGCCAUUCAGCGCCUUCAGGAAUAUUGGGCUUCAGUUGGAUGCGCCAUAAUGCAAUGCAGCAAUACGGAGGUUGGUGCUGGGACUAUGAAUCCUUUGACAUUCUUAAGGGUUCUUGGUCCAGAACCGUGGAAUGUUGCGUAUGUGGAGCCUAGUAUCCGACCUGAUGAUAGUCGUUAUGGGGAAAAUCCCAACAGGCUUCAACGGCACACUCAAUUUCAGGUUAUAUUAAAGCCUGAUCCUGGAAAUUCUCAAGACCUUUUUAUCGGCAGCUUAUCAGCUUUAGGUAUUGAUGUUCGUGCACAUGAUAUACGAUUUGUGGAGGACAACUGGGAGAGUCCGGUUCUUGGUGCUUGGGGUUUGGGCUGGGAAAUUUGGAUGGAUGGAAUGGAAAUUACUCAAUUCACCUACUUCCAGCAGUCUGGAAGUCUUCAAUUGUCACCAAUAUCUGUUGAAAUCACUUAUGGUCUUGAGCGUAUCCUUAUGUUACUACAGGGAGUUGACCAUUUUAAGAAAAUUCAGUAUGCUGAUGGAAUUACAUAUGGGGAGCUGUUCAUGGAAAACGAGAAGGAAAUGAGUGCAUAUUAUCUAGAGCAUGCUGGUGUGGAUCAUAUUCAGAAGCACUUUGAUUUUUUUGAGGAAGAAGCUCGAUCAUUGCUUGCUUUGGGUCUUGCAAUCCCUGCGUAUGAUCAGCUCCUGAAAACAUCACAUGCUUUUAACAUCUUAGACUCCAGAGGCUAUGUUGGGGUAACAGAGCGUGCUCGAUAUUUUGGUCGGAUGCGUAGUUUAGCUCGUCAAUGUGCACAGCUGUGGUUGGAGACAAGGGAGUCCCUUGGACAUCCAUUGGGUGUUGUUUCUGAACCUGUUCAUCAAGCAUGUCCUAAAGGGCUUGUGGAGACAGCAGCCAGGAGGGUGCAAGAUGAUUCAAGGUUAUUUGUUCUUGAAAUCGGCACUGAAGAGAUGCCUCCUCAGGAUGUAGUCGAUGCAAGCCAGCAACUGAAAGAUUUGAUGUUGCAGUUAUUAGAUAAGCAAAGAUUGCACCAUGGAGAAUUGCAAGCUUUUGGCACACCUCGUAGACUGGUGAUUUUUGUUGAGAAUCUUUCCACCAAACAAGAGGAGAAUGAGGUUGAGGUUCGAGGACCUCCUGUUUUAAAAGCAUUUGAUGAAAAAGGAAAUCCUACAAAGGCUUGUGAGGGUUUUUGCCGUAGAUACUCUGUAGCACUGGACUCAUUGUAUAGAAAGGUUGACGGGAAAGCAGAGUAUGUUUAUGUUCGUGUAAAGGAGUCAUCUCGACUUGCUUUGGAGGUUUUGUCUGAGGAUUUGCCAAAUGCCAUUGUAAAAAUAGCAUUUCCAAAGUCAAUGCGUUGGAACUCACAGGUUAUGUUUAGCAGACCCAUUCGUUGGAUUUUGGCCCUACAUGGAGAUGUAGUUGUGCCAUUCACAUUUGCUGGAGUUUUGAGUGGGAACAUGUCUUAUGGUCUCCGUAACACUCAUUCUGCUACUGUGAUGGUAGAAAGUGCAGAAACUUAUGCUGUUCGGAUGAGGAAUGCUGGGAUCACUAUUGAAAUUGAGGAUAGAAAGAAAACAAUUUUAGAGCAAUCUAGUGCAUUGGCCAAAAGUGUAAAUGGACAUGCUGUUAUUCAGGAGGGCUUACUUAAUGAGGUUGUAAAUCUAGUUGAGGCACCUGUUCCAGUCCUUGGGGAAUUCAAAGAGUCCUUCUUAGAACUUCCAAAAGAUCUUUUAACCAUGGUCAUGCAGAAACAUCAAAAGUAUUUUGCAUUGAGUGAUGAGAAUGGGAAGCUAUUGCCAUACUUCAUUGCUGUGGCAAAUGGAGCAAUUGAUGAGAAGGUAGUAAGAAGGGGAAAUGAAGCCGUACUAAGAGCUCGUUAUGAAGAUGCUAAGUUUUUCUACGAGAUGGAUACAGGAAAAAGGUUUUCAGAGUUCCGAAACGAACUGAAGGGGAUCCUUUUUCAUGAGAAGCUAGGAACAAUGCUGGACAAGAUGAUGCGAGUACAAGAUAUGGUUACCAAGCUAAGCUUGGCACUGAAAAUUGAUAACAAUGUACAUCACAUUAUCCAGGAUGCUGCAUCACUUGCUAUGUCAGAUCUUGCUACUGCUGUUGUUACAGAGCUUACAUCCCUUUCUGGAAUAAUGGCUCGUCAUUAUGCUCUUAGAGAUGGCUAUUCAGAGCAGAUUGCAGAGGCUUUGUUUGAGAUCACUCUUCCCAGAUUUUCUGGAGAUAUACUUCCAAACACUGAUCCAGGAAUAGUGUUGUCCGUUGCUGACAGAUUAGAUAGCCUUGUUGGCUUAUUUGCUGCUGGUUGUCAGCCUAGUUCUAGUAAUGACCCAUAUGGCCUGCGAAGAAUCUCAUAUGGUCUUGUCCAAGUGUUGGUCGAAAAAGAUAAAGAUCUGGACUUAAAACAAGCUUUGCAACUAGCUGCUGAUGUCCAACCUAUUAAAGUAGAAGCUGGUAUUGUAGAUGAUGUACAUCAAUUUGUCACUCGGAGAUUAGAGCAAUUUCUGGUUGAUAAGGGAAUAAGUCCGGAAGUGGUUCGUUCCAUCCUUGCAGAAUGUGCAAAUUCGCCUUGUCUGGCAGCAAAGUCUGCACAUAAAAUGGAAGCAUUGUCAAAGGGCAAGCUUUUCUCAAAGGUUGUAGAAGCUUAUUCUCGCCCAACUAGAAUCGUCCGUGGAAAGGAUGUAGACUCUGAUAUUGAGGUGGAUGAAUCUGCCUUUGAGACAAAAGAAGAGAAAGCUUUGUGGAGCACUUUCUUGUCAGUUAAAAGCAAAAUAUGCCCUGGUAUUGAGAUUGAUGAGUUUGUGGACACAUCAUCACAGCUCAUACAACCGCUUGAAGAUUUCUUUAAUAAUGUCUUUGUUAUGGUGGAAGAAGAAAAAAUCCGGAACAACAGGCUUGCACUGCUAAAGAAAAUUGCUGAUCUUCCUAGAGGUAUAGCCGACCUUUCAGUUUUGCCAGGAUUUUGAGUUUUAGCAACCAAAGAUUUAUAUUUUUCUUUGUAAAUUAUCAAAAGCAGAGAAGUAGAGGAAACAAAACAAACUAAAUCUGAAUGAUACAAUUGUUUUUGCCGGCCUGUAUAUUUUAACUUUCAUUUGUAGAGUUACUUUAUAUUAACUUGUAAAAAAUUCUAUUACAUUUAUUACAAAUAAUGUAAUUUAUUUGUAAUAUUUUAUCAUUUAAUAUCGAAUUAAUGUUUUGAUU